UCUUAUCUUCCCAGGAGAUAUUAAUAACCACAAUUACCUAGCAUUGCUUCUUCCCCUGCCUCAUUCUAAGCUCGUCUUCUUCAAUAGAUCCUUAUUCCAGCUUCAUUCAUUAAAAUUAUUAAGGAAUUGACGCCUUCACUUUCUAGUAUUUAUACCUCUAGCUUCCGUCGUAUAUCUCCGAGUCCGUUAUCUCAAUCAUGGCAAUCUACAGCGCUGUCCCGCCCCCUCCGGAAUUAGGGGCCACGACGACAACUUCGAAUCAGCAACUAGCCCAACACCAACACCAAGCAUCGUAUCAACAUUCCCACACGAAUCAGUCAUCGACAACUGGAAAUACGGCAUCUGGUGGAGUAGAUAUAGAAGCAUGGACGAUAUCUGCUCUCGAAUCCCUCAGCGUAUCUCCGGUUGCUCGCGGAACCGGAGCCCCGCUAUCAAUUCCACUCGAUGAGCACACCAAGAAGCCAUCUGUCACCAUCCAAGAUCCUCGUUCUAAUGCCGAUGCGAUUACGCCUCCACGGCGACCGCCAUCUCGUCGUGACAGCUUGCGCCGACGAGAGGCAUUAUUGAAGGGCAAGGAAGGUAGCAGACAGCGGCGACGCUGGGAGAACGACCGUUUAAUGAACGUACCAAACGCACAGCCUCCCGAGCCGUUCGAUUGGGAGCCACGUCCACUAUAUCCCGUGAACCACGUUCCUUACCAGAUCGCGGUUUUCUGGGACAAACGCGUUCGCGCCGAAGUCGAGACGAAGAAAGCCAUCGCGGCUCAACGUAAGCAGAUGCAGACUAGGACGCUAGGCGAUGCCCACGUUUCUGGGAGAGUGCCCCGCGAAUUGUUCCAGCGUGCCAAGAAAACCCCCGCCGUUAAAACUUGGGUCCGUUCGCUUGAGGAACCCGUUCGGCGAUACUUGGUUGAGCAGGAUCUCGCAAAAGAGCCUACAGAUUCGGAGGAUACUGAAGAUGAAGAAAUUGUGUUUGUCGGUCGCGACGGCACUACAAGAGAUGGCUGGAAGAAGGCUAAGCGAGAAAGUAAGGGUAAAACUGAAGGAGAGGGUAUGAUCCUCGACGCCCUAGGCGAUGAUGCCGAUAGUGCAUUCAGACGAUGGAUUACGCAUUCCAUCUCGGAUUACUACGGCCUCAAUUCUCGUUCAGUGUUGGUGGGUAACCCAAAACGUAAGGUAGUAUAUGUACAGAUGAAGACUGGGCACACGCCACAAAUUCGAUCCGAUCUUCCACGACCUCUAUGGGAGUUAUGCUAAUCGGACGCUACGGUUUCGAAAGACUUCUUGUCUUGCAUCAUCGUAUCCUUGUUGGAUUACAGUACAACAUUCGCAUAUCAUAUAUAAAGUAUAGACUUCACGUCGCAUAGGUCGAAGCGUUUUAAUACAUUGACACACUUCAAUCGCAAC